AUGAAUGGGGACCAACUCCCAGCACCUGAAGGCAUACCCUUUGGAUCCGUAUGGUGGUUCGUCUACGCCGGAAUCUCCUGUUUCCUCGUCAUCUUUGCCGGAAUCAUGUCCGGCCUAACCCUAGGUCUCAUGUCUCUCGGUCUCGUCGAUCUCGAGAUUCUUCAGCGCAGCGGUUCUCCAUCCGAGAAAAAACAAGCAGAUUUUGUGUGUUUACGUGCGCGCGUGUGUGCAUAUGCAGCGAUUAUACUUCCUGUGGUUCAAAAACAACACCAGCUUCUUGUGACUCUACUUCUGUGUAAUGCUGCUGCCAUGGAGGCCCUUCCAAUAUACCUAGAUAAGCUGUUUAAUCAGUUUGUUGCUAUCAUUCUAUCGGUGACUUUCGUUCUGUUUUUCGGGGAGGUUAUUCCACAGUCAAUUUGUAGUAGAUAUGGCCUUGCUGUUGGUGCUAACUUCGUAUGGCUUGUCCGGAUUUUAAUGAUAAUCUGUUACCCAGUUGCUUAUCCCAUUGGAAAGGUUCUAGACCGGCUAUUGGGGCAUAAUGAGGCUUUAUUUCGGCGAUCUCAGUUAAAAGCUCUUGUCUCGAUCCACAGCAAGGAGGCUGGGAAAGGUGGAGAGCUUACGCAUGAUGAGACAACAAUUAUUAGUGGAGCUCUAGAUUUGACUGAAAAGACUGCUGAAGAGGCCAUGACCCCUAUCGAAUCAACUUUUUCUUUGGAUGUUAAUUCAAAAUUGGACUGGGAGGCAAUGGGGAAAAUUCUUGCUCGUGGCCACAGCCGAGUUCCUGUCUAUUCUGGAAGUCCAAAAAACAUUAUUGGACUUCUACUGGUCAAAAGUCUUCUCACUGUACGGCCUGAAACUGAGACACCUAUCGGUGCUGUUUCCAUCCGGAGAAUCCCACGUAAUUUGUCUAAUGUUUUAUAUUAUAUUUACAGAGUUCCUGCGGAUAUGCCUCUUUACGAUAUAUUGAAUGAGUUUCAAAAGGGCAGUAGCCAUAUGGCUGCUGUUGUUAGAGCUAGGGGGAAGGAAAAGACAAUCCCUGAAGUAACUGGUGCAGGGACAUACGAAAAAAACAAGGAGGUUGGUGGGGAUUCACAAUUAACGACUCCAUUACUCCUGAAGCAGGAUGAGAUGUCUGAAAGUGUUGUUGACAUUGACAAGUUUUCAAGGCCUCCAAGCAUUAAUAAGUCAACUGGUUUGCAACGUAGUGAUGCCACAAAAAAUGGUUCCUAUUCAGAAAAUAUUGAUGAUGGUGAAGUGAUUGGUAUUAUCACAUUAGAAGAUGUAUUUGAAGAACUUUUACAAGAGGAGAUUGUGGAUGAGACAGAUGAAUAUAUUGAUGUUCAUAAGAGAAUACGUGUGGCUGCAGCUGCUGCUGCUUCCUCGGUUGCACGGGCUCCAUCAAUCCGAAGAUUGACUGGCCAAAAGGGAGCAGUAAGUACUGUUAGUCCUUUUUUCUGA